CGGCCGGGGGCCUCCCCGGCCCCACCCCCACGCCCGUGGCCGCACCUCUGACCCCUAGUCCCUGCCUAGAGUGUGUGUCUGUCUCGCCCCUCCAUGCCUCCGAACCCCACCCUGCCUUGGGCGAGGUCGGUCAGUGUGAGACGAGGGUCUGUCGGAGUCGAGGGUCGAGAAGCCACUCCUUGCCCUCAAGUGGGUGCCUACCAGCCACUUUUUUAGGGGUGCUCAGAAUACCCAUCACUGACCCACAACUACUGCCAGCGUAGCUUUUUCAGGGACUCUAGUGCUUUGGCAGGGCGGGAGGGGGCCGGAAACAGACCCAUGCCCUAACUGGAAUUGAGCUACAGCUCUCAGGGCCAGAGUGGGCAGGAGGAUGCUUUCCCGGCCUCACCAUGGAGCUGCGCUGUGGGGGCUUGCUGUUCAGUUCUCGCUUUGAUUCAGGGAACCUAGCCCACGUGGAGAAGGUGGAAUCUGUGUCUAGCGAUGGGGAAGGAGGAGCAGGUGGGGCACCAGCUCCCAUCAGCAGCAUUGCCUCUUCCCCUGACUACGAGUUCAACGUGUGGACCCGACCAGACUGCGCUGAAACAGAAUUCGAGAAUGGGAACAGGUCAUGGUUCUACUUCAGUGUCCGGGGAGGAACUCCAGGGAAACUCAUCAAGAUCAACAUUAUGAACAUGAACAAGCAAAGCAAGCUGUAUUCCCAGGGCAUGGCCCCCUUUGUGCGCACACUGCCCACCCGGCCUCGCUGGGAACGAAUUAGAGACCGGCCCACGUUUGAGAUGACAGAGACGCGGUUUGUGUUAUCCUUUGUUCACCGUUUCGUGGAGGGCCGUGGGGCCACCACCUUCUUCGCCUUCUGCUACCCCUUCUCCUACAGUGACUGCCAGGAUUUGCUAAACCAGCUAGACCAGCGCUUUCUGGAGAACCACCCUACCCACAGCAGUCCCCUGGAUACCAUCUACUACCACCGGGAGAUCCUUUGCUAUUCUCUGGAUGGACUUCGUGUGGAUCUGCUAACCAUCACUUCCUGCCAUGGGCUUCGAGAAGAUCGAGAGCCCCGUCUAGAGCAGCUAUUUCCUGAUACCGGCACCCCCCGACCAUUCUGUUUCACAGGCAAGAGGAUAUUCUUCUUAAGCAGUAGGGUACACCCUGGGGAGACUCCAUCUAGCUUUGUCUUCAAUGGCUUUCUGGACUUCAUCCUUCGACCUGAUGACCCCCGGGCCCAAACCCUGCGUCGCCUCUUUGUCUUUAAGCUGAUUCCCAUGUUGAACCCCGAUGGUGUGGUCCGGGGCCACUACCGCACAGACUCGCGUGGAGUGAAUCUAAACCGUCAGUACCUGAAGCCCGACGCGGCCCUGCACCCAGCCAUCUAUGGGGCCAAAGCUGUGCUCCUCUACCACCACGUGCACUCCCGUCUGAACUCCCAGAGUCCCUCUGAGCACCAGCACAGUCCCCAGCUCCCCGUGGAUGCGCCCCUUUCCGACCUCGAGAAAGCCAACAAUCUCCAAAAUGAAGCUCACCUCGGGCAUGCAUCUGAUGGGGACAACCCUGAAGCCUGGCUGCAGACCAAGCCAGCAGAACAGAAGUCCAGUGGUGUGUGGAUUGUGCCCCAACAGUCUGCCGAGGCUGAGCAGCCAGCCCCCAACACCAUCCCCCCGAAAGAGAGUGGUGUUGCUUACUAUGUGGACCUGCAUGGACAUGCUUCCAAAAGGGGCUGCUUCAUGUAUGGCAACAGCUUUAGUGACGAGAGCACCCAGGUGGAAAAUAUGCUGUAUCCAAAGCUGAUCUCCUUGAACUCAGCACACUUCGACUUCCAAGGCUGCAACUUCUCAGAGAAGAACAUGUACGCCCGAGACCGCAGAGACGGCCAGUCGAAGGAGGGAAGCGGCCGGGUGGCGAUCCACAAAGCCUCAGGGAUAAUCCACAGCUACACACUUGAAUGCAACUACAACACUGGGCGCUCCGUGAACAGCAUCCCUGCCGCCUGCCAUGACAAUGGGCGCGCCAGCCCCCCGCCACCUCCAGCCUUCCCCUCCAGAUACACUGUGGAGCUGUUCGAGCAGGUGGGACGAGCUAUGGCCAUUGCUGCUCUGGACAUGGCAGAAUGCAACCCAUGGCCCCGGAUUGUGCUGUCAGAGCACAGCAGCCUCACGAACCUCCGUGCCUGGAUGCUAAAACACGUGCGCAGCAGCCGAGGCCUGAGCAGCACUGUGAGCGUGGGCAUCAGCAAGAAGAGAAGCUCUCGGACUCCGCCCAAAAGUAACAGCGGCUUGCCUGUGUCCUGCCCUGAAAAUCCCUUGAGCCGGGCACGCAGUUCUAGCACCGGCACGAGUGCUGGGGGCAGCGGCGGCAGCCAGCAAAACUCUCCACAGAUGAAGAACUCCCCCAGCUUCCCUUUUCAUGGCAGCCGGCCCACAGGGCUGCCAGGCCUGGGCUCCAGCACUCAAAAGGUCAGCCACCGGGUGCUGGGCCCUGUCAGAGAGCCCCGAAGUCAGGACAGGAGACGGCGGCAGCAGCCACUGACCCAUCGCCCUACUUCAAGCAGCCUGGCCCCGUCCCCAAAUCCUGCCCCCGGUUCUAGCCUGGCCUCUUCACCCAGCAUGGGCUCCUGUCUGCUGCCCAGUUCACUCAGCAUAUCAGGGAGCAGCUGCUCACUCCUGUCCUCAGGGGAUAAGCCAGAGGCUGUCAUGGUGAUUGGGAAAGGGCUGCUAGGACCUCGGAUCCCCUGUAUCAGGACACGAUUGCAGACCUGCCCGAGGAGAGUUCCCGCCAGGAGGGGUCCCGGAUUCCCCAGGCUAGGCCCAGGUUGGGCCGGGGCUCACCGCCGACUCGCAGAGGGAUGAGCGGCGCUUACGGCCCCACAUCCCCUAUACCCCGCACCAGAGAGAGCAGUGAGCCGGAGCCGGGACCCCACUCUGCACCAGGGUGAGCACCCGGGUCCAGUCCCUCACCCCACCUCACUUCUAUCCCUUCAUUCCCAUUUCUGCCAUUCAGGAUCAUUUUCUUCCCUCUCUACUCCCUCUGGCCCCCAAAAGACUAAAGGUACUUUCAUUAAGAAUGUUGUUCCCGAUUUUUUUCCAUCAUGGCCUCAGUCUUCCCUCCAAACAGACAAGAAAACAACUUCAUGUUAGGGCCUAAGGCCUCGGAGCUGGUCCAUUCCAGCAUCGGCCCACUAUGCAAUGCUCAACCCCUCUAUCCUUACCCAUCUCACCUUUCCCACCUCCCAGCCCCUAGCGAACAGAGCAGAAGAGGGGCAGAGUUUUCACAACCCUGAUUCCUCUCUCUUCUCUGUUGCAGGCCGCCUCAGGCCGGGCCCCCACGGCCCCGCUCUGCCCCUGCCUUUUCUCCUAUUUCCUGUAGUCUAUUUGACUCCCAGUCCCGGAUUUGUUACAGCGGGGGGCCCUUGGGCCAACCUGAGGUUUGUU